AUGAGACCUUCUCUUGUGAGACUUGUCAGACAAAGACGUCCAGAGCGGAAAACCGAGCCGCUCUUACCCCCUCUCCAGCUUUACAAGGCCAUUUUGCGUGCACAUCACAGCAAACUUCCACAAGAACUCAGAUUCUUGGGUGACGAGUAUGUGAAGGCAGAAUUCAAGGCCCACAAAGGCAUCGACAAUCCACUUCACAUAGUUGGGUUUUUGACACAGUGGCAGGACUACUUGCGCAGCAUCGACGGAGGAAACUGGAAGGAAGGUAAGUUGACACAGCAGGAGUUGAACAAGAUGUCUCCGGAACAGGUUGGCCAGCUUUAUGAGUUGAUGCAAGAGACGAAGCGGAUUGGAUCAGAGAGUUCAGAAGAGAAUUGA